CGCGUAUCCCUCCGCCGCGGCCGCCCCUCGUCGGGCUCGCACCCGCAGUGCCCGGAUGGAAACUGUGAUGGCCUCCGGCAGCGCCGCGCCGGGCGACGGCGGGACCCGCGAACUUUUUUUAGUAUUUCUCCUGACUGUGGCCUUUUCUGAGUCUUGCAUAUUUACCUCUUCUAUGUUUGUGGAAAAACCCCAGCUGCUGAAGAAUUGAAGUCAAGUCUUUUCCUAACGCGAGAAUGAAAUGGGGAAGUUGUAGAGCUUUGACUCAGCGCAGUAGUCUCAUUUGCUGCAGAAAGUAAAACUAAUCUCAAGAAUUCACGUAAAGAAAAUUAAAGCCUAAAAUCAUGUCAUCUGAAAAGGAACAGAUUUUUUGUGAUAAAAAGCAAAUUAGUUUCUUAAAUCACAAUACUAUGAGGAAUUGUUCUACAGAUACUACUUUGGAAAAAAAAUCAGUGAAUGAUCCUUUAAGUAUGAGGAUUCAACCAGCAAUUUUAGAUGUCAAUCUUGCUUAUGGACUAAAAAAUGUGAAAAUUGAAUUACCCAAGGUGAACAUUCCAAAUGAAGUAUUAAUGAAACAUGAAGUUGAUAGAUUUAGAAAACUCUUUCAGUGUAAGCAGCAAACUGCAAGGAAGUCCUUAAGUCUAGACAAAAUAAACGGAAGCAAUCCUGAUUGUUCAGAGGGAAGCCACUUGCAAAAUAAACCAGAAGUGCAAUUUGAAAAAGAGUUGAAAACUGCAGCAAAGAUACUGAAUUUCACUUGUACAAAGUGCAAGGAUAACAUUAGAUACAGCCCAAAUGAUCUGCAGAAACAUUUUCAGCUGUUACACUAUGGCGAGUUGCCUUUGUAUCCUUGUGAGAUGUGCAGCUUCUCAGCGAAUGACUUUCAGUCCUUUAAACAGCAUCGACGCAUCCAUCGUAGCACCUUGGUAAAAUGUGAGCUCUGUAAUGAUGAACAGAUAUACACUUUGUUGGAUUUGACAAAACACUUCAUAUCAAAGCAUUGCGUAAAUGGUCACUUUCAAUGUGAAAAAUGUGCGUUUUCUACCCAUGAUGUGGGCACGUUUGUUCAGCACAUUCACAGACACAAAGAGAUUCCCUAUAAAUGUGGAAAAUGCCAUCAAGAAAACUUUACAGAAGAGGAGCUCCAAAAUCAUCUUCUUGUUCAUACCAGUAUGUUUUCCUUUGGUUGUCAUUAUUGCAGUUACAGCACAUCACGGAAAGAUUAUCUUUUAAAACACAUCAUAGCUUUACACAGAGAUCACUUUAUUGCUAAAGAAAAACUGGAAAAGGAUAAAUAUGAAAAAAGAAUAGUGAAGACUCCAGCAGGACUAAAGCUUGUGUUGAAAAGGUAUAAAAUAGGAGCAUCCAAAAAAGCACUCUGGAGACGGAAAGAAGUAAGCAGUGGAAGUGACAAUACUGGAGAAGAAAAUGCACAAGUGCUAAGAAGUGUGAAUAAAAUUCAGACAAAUGCUGAGGAGCUGAACCAGUGUAUGAGAGACAUGGAAACAAAUGAAGAAAAAGAUGAAGUUAAGUACACAGAAAAGCGUAAUUUCGUGGAUGGAAUGUUCUCUGCUACUACUGCACAAUACAAUAAGGCAGAUGAUGGAACAAGUUACGGACUGGGAUUAUUGAAAAAUGCUGUUCAUGGGCCAACAGUGUUGAUGGUUAAAAACAAUAAAAUAGCUGUUCCGGCAAAUUACAGCGCUAAAUUUAUGGGCUUUAAAAUGGUAGAUGGAAAACAACAUAUUGUUAUAAAAUUACUACCUACAAAUAAGCAAAAUGAGUAUUUGUUGGGUCAGAAGGCUGAUCCGGUUAAUGAUGGUUCUGCAACUCCUUUGCUCCAGACUUCUGAUCCCUGUGGUUUGUCUUCAGGUGCUAUAGCACAUGUAACUGAUCAGUCAACCUUAAAGAACAAUUCUGUUCACCCAUUAACCUCCCCUCUGUUUUCUUGUCCUGCACAUCAUUCAGGAAAAAUAAAAGUGGAAAAACAAAAUAACUCCAUACUGUAUGGUAGGAGUGUUUCUGAAACUGUAGCACCUUCUAAUAUAGCUGUAGGAAAAAGUUCAAAUUAUUUGCCAAUGAAGUUGAGCUCAACUGUACCUCCACAUGACAAAGUAACAAAAGCUGGAACUCCAAACAGUGUCUCAUGGGGGAACUUUAGCCCUUCAAGUCAUCCUCAGGUAUUACCACCCGCUAUGACAAAUACACUUCAUUGUGACCCUAUAAAAAUGCCCUUUUUUCCUGAACUGAAAAUACAAAAUGGUGGCCUGAAUAAUAGUAAUGGAACUAAUAAUCUCUACUAUUCAACUUCAGUGGAUUCUUCUAAGGAAGGGUUGUUGUCUUUUCACAACUAUUCCAAAGUGGACUCUUUAGAUAAUCCAUGUAGCAUUCGGAUGUCAACAGAUGACAGACACAAAGAAUUUGUAUCUAGCAAAACCGUUUCUUUUCAAAACAGUGGAAGUGAAUCUGCAUCUUCAUAUUCAGAGUCGAUGAGAGGCUUAAAAGCAGAGAAAGUUGUGUCAGCUCGAUCAAAUAUUGAUAAAACUUACAAACACAUAAACACUAAAAAUAACUCUGUGUCUUUUAAAAGCCAGUCUAAAUGCGGUGUUGACAGUGAGUGUUUUACGGAGGACCAGCAUCAUGGCCAGCAGUAUUUGGACACUACCAUAGGUCAAGGCUUUCAGAACGUAGCUGAGAAAUUCCAAGAAAAUGCCUCUGAUUGUGUUAACUCUUUCUUAAUGCCUAAAAUCACAUCUGUUUUCUCAUUGCAAAGUGAACAAGCAGCUAAUUAUUUAUCGCCUGAAAUAAAACAGAUACUGCAAGAUGUGUUAAAAGUGAAAACAACUUCUCAGCAAGAGUUCCACAGCAAGACAAAUAACUCUGUAAAACUUCAUUCUGACAAGCUGCUUUCUGGUCAUGAGGCCAGGAAUACAGCCUUCAUGCAUUUAAAAAGCUCUGCAACUACAUGUGGUUUUCAGAGGCCUCCUUCUAAUGUAGACUUUCAUUUAUAUAAGAGAGAGUGGAACACAAGAUGUAGCACAAAUGAAGGCACACAUUGUGGGAGAGAAAGACAGACAUCCAAAACAUCAUUUGAUUCACAGGAUGUGGACAAAUUAUCCAUAACUCCGGGUGUUGGUACAUUGCUAAAAACUUGUACAGAUUCAGUCUUAACACAGCAGUUAGUAAAAGAGAAAGUACUGUCUGCAGCUCAAAAUCCCAGCAGCUUUUCGCCGGUUUUACCUGUUCUUCAGGAACAGAAGAAAACCCUUUUCUUUAAGUCUCUUCCAUCAGGAUUUUUUGUUCCUUUGCACCUUGCUAACCAGCCUGGACAACAGGUGGCUUCAGGAAAAUCUCUUCCAUCAACCAGCUCAUCAGAUGGGCACGUGACUAAAGGUGUACCUGCAUCUUUUGUUUCAAAUAAGGGACCUGGAAUGAUUUUGACUUUUAGCAGGGCAGUUGGAACAGUUGCAAGUGCCGCUAAUGAUAGUUCUCAGGUUUUAGGGGGAAUUGCACCCAGAGAAGUUGGUAAAAUAACCAUAUCAACUUCAAAAGUGAAGGGGGAAAAUGACAGUUUUGGAAAUGUAAGAAGUUCCUGUAAUAGGGAAGCAAGUAGUACAGCACAUGAUUCGUUGACUAGCAUGCCAUUCAGAGGACCUCCUGUAACUGCAAAUGCAUUGGAGUCAUCUGUGAAAGGAAUUUCUUCUGUGAAAGUGUUAUCAGAGCAUCGGGACGCUGUCUUUGGUUCUUUGGAGUCAGUAAACCAACAGGAAAUUAAACAGGAACAAGAUGUUUAUGCACUUUUGCCUGAUGGACAGCAGGGAGCUUUUCUGAAAUGUACGACACCAAACAAGCCUGUAGUUCAUAAACCAAUUUUUUUUCAGGAUAAUGCUCAUUAUCAAAAUUGUCAACCAAAGAAAACUAGAGCCAUGCAACAACAGCUUUUGCCGAAAAUGAAACCUCCUACUUCACAUACACUGGCUGAUACCACUCAGUCAGUGAGCAACUCAGUGCCCUCACUACAGGCAGAUAACUUGCAGUUCCUUACUCCUGCACUAGCACAGAAACAAACUAAUCUUAGUUUUAAUAAUGCCUUAAUCUUACCAGGUGGGUUAAUGCCAGCAAAUGCCUCUUUGGCAAGCUCUAAUCCAGCAUGUUGUGUUCCUCCUGUAGAACCUGUUUAUUCUACUAAAUCUGCAGGGACACGAUUGCAAAAAGGUUCUAUUGAGAGUACACAAGUAAUAACUGCUAACAACAGGAAUAACUUUGGUUGUCAGAAGUCAACAUGGAGCACCCAAACCAGAACUGCAAAAGUAAAACCUCGCUUAAAACAAACGCGGUCUAAAAGUUCAGAAACUCGAGGUGUGCAAAGAAAUAAGAAUUUCAAACGUAAAAGGAAGGCUAGUUGCCCAGAACCUCCAAGAAAGAAAGCAAUGUUGCACAGAAAGUGUAAGGAAAAGAAUCAAGCUGCAGUUGUUAGUGAAUCAGGUAGCCCUUACAAACAAAGGGCAUCAAAAAAAACUGUGAGGACUUUGAAAUUACUUCCUUUUAAUUCUAAUCAGCUUGUAAAAUGCCCUCGGAGAAACCAACCAGUUGUUGUGCUUAACCAUCCUGAUGUAGAUGUUCCAGAAGUUGUAAAUGUAAUGAAAACUAUUGCUAAAUUUAAGGGACAUGUUCUUAAGGUUUCAUUGUCAAAAAGAACUAUUGAAGCGCUUCUGCAGCCAGCCUUCUGCAAUCCUUUGGAUGGAACUACUGAUGAUUUUUCUCAAAAAAGAUACAGGACCAUAAAACCUAUUAGCCCUGUAAAAGAAAGAUUUGUCUUAAAAUUGACACUGAAAAAGACUAGCAAAAACAAUUACCAGAUUGUGAAAACUACCUCUAAUAAUACCUUGAAAGCUAAGUUUAGCUGCUGGUUUUGUGGUAGAAUAUUUGACAAUCAGGAUAAUUGGGUAGGACAUGGACAGAGACAUCUGAUGGAGGCCACUCGAGAUUGGAAUUCGUUAAUGGAAGGAUGACUGGUGAAGAAAAUAAAACUUAAAUACCAUGCAUUAAAGUUUUUCAAAAAAUAUUCAAUUGAAUUAGGAUACACAAGUGAUUUUGUUUUUUAUGUCAGUAUUGUAACUGAAGUUCAAAAAUGAUGAAAAGUGCUUGUGUUUUAAAAGAAAGAGCAUAUUCCCUAUUGGCAUCAGCUUUGAGAAAGAUCAAGGAGCUUUGUGGUUUAAAUAACUUGUAACUAACUGCAAAUACAAUUCCAUAAAAAGAUAUAUUAUUUUUUAUUACUACUAUUAUGUGCUAUAUUUUUAUUCUAUAGAAUGAAUCUUCAGGGCUUUUGUUCUGUACAUAUUUAAAAAUCUCUAAACAUGUAAAUAUUUUUAUACUUUUCAGUUACUUGGUAUAAUUCUUGCACAGAAAUUACACCCCAUCCCCCAUUUUUCAGUUCUGUGCAUGCACUACUAAAACCAAUUUUUAAAAUCUUUUCAAAUACACGCAGUUGUUAUCCUGGGAUUUCUGUUAUUUUUCACUUAUUAGCUCUUGAUUUUGUUUUUCAGGGAUUGAACACUAUUGUUAGCAAGUGCCUCAAAGAUGUGAAGCAGUUUACAUUAUGUCGACUGUGUAACCAUGGGUCUGCAUAGGGCCAUUCCCCCAACAGUUUCAUUUAAACAAAGCCAUAUGUGAAUGCUUUAAGCUAUAUUGCUAUGCACAUGACACUUGUACUAUUUCUGUGCAGUUUGUCUACUUUCUUAGUGAAGUAUUUUUCAUAUAAAUUAAUAAAAUGUUACGUUUGUGUUAAUGCGGUGAGUCAGAAUAAAGUCGAUUGAAAAUAUGCAGUAUAUAUAUUCAUAAUGUAUAUGGUGUUAAAGAAUGGUGAACAUUCCUAAUCUGUAUUGACUUUGUCACUAUUAAAUUUGCUACAACUUGUGUUUA